AUGGAUCUGCUAUCAGUCCUGCCGGACUUCUCGACCAAAUCAUAUUCCCAUAUCCUCUCUCCGCUAGAGAGAGCCAAUAUCAACACCGUCGAUUUGAUCACACUCGAUCCGUUGGAAAUCGCCAAGCGCGCCCACGUGCCUCCAGCUGACGUCCGCCGUUUGGCAUCGCGUGUUGUCAAGGCCCUCCACCACGAUGUCGGUUUCGAGGACACCGCAGAGCCCAGUUCCAGCGUCGAUAUCGACACGCCCGUGACUCCUGGCCCCUCGACUCGGCUCGACCUAUCCCAAUGGAGCGCAAUCAGCACUCUCGACCCCACCCUGGAUGCCUUGUUGGCCGGCGGAGGAAUUCCCACGGGAUAUGUGACCGAAGUGACUGGUGAAAGUGGGAGCGGCAAGACCCAGUUCCUCCUCACUCUCCUCCUCGCCGUGCAACUGCGUCCUCCCCGCGGCCUCGCAAAGACCGCCAUCUACAUAUCGACCGAAGCUCCCUUGUCCACGCCGCGACUCUCGCAGCUCCUGGAUUUCCAUCCGUAUCUCUCUACCCUGCCGCACGAUGAGGCACCCUCCCUACAGAACAUCCUGUCCAUCAACGCGAUGGACCUCGAAGCCCAGGACCACAUCCUCAACUACCAACUCCCCGUCGCGGUCUCCCGAUACAACGUCGGCCUGGUCAUCGUUGACUCAAUCACCUCCAAUUAUCGGGCCGAGCAUACCUCUACCAGCGUCCUUGGUCUGUCGACUCGAUCCUGGGAGCUUGCCAAACUGGGCCAAAUGCUGCGCAAUCUCGCCGUGAAAGAGGAUAUCGCCAUUGUUGUCGCAAACCAAGUCUCGGACCGGUUCGAUGGCCCAGAAGGUCUUUCCCUUCCCUCGUCCCGGGUUUAUGCAGGAAAUGUGACUCCUGCUGUGACGUCGUCCCCUUCGACUCAGCAGCAACAGUACCUACAACCGCCACGGUCGUCGAAUCGCGACUCGACUAUUGCCUCCCCUUUAGCCGGAGACCGACCCCCCGAGUCACGCAACGUUGAACUCUCUCAGCAUAAUAUAGUCUUCCCUUCGUCGCCACCUACCUUCCAAUCAUCACCAUAUACCGCCGACGACGAUCAGCAGCAGCAGCAGCAACAGCAACAACAGGCAUUCGACGGCUCAUAUCUCGUCGGUAAUCCCGUUCGCAACGAAAUCUUCAGUCUACUCCAUCAACAACGUUUUUUCACUGGCUGGGGCGACUCGCCUUCCUCUCUCACUGCGAGCCCCUAUCCUGGAUUCCAGAAACAAGCCCAUAAAACCCCUGCUCUGGGCCUUGUCUGGUUAACCCAGAUCGCCUGUAGAAUCGCCCUGAAGAAAGAAGUGCAGCCGAUGCUGCUGGAUCCCUCUCUGGAGGAGAAUCCUCUCGUGUCGCUCCCAUCGCACCUUUCAGCAAAUGAGACCAGAGAGUCAACUCCGCAAAAUAAUUGGGAUCCAGGAUCUACAACCAGUCUUCCCACCAAUACUACUGCACAAGACGAGCCGGGACCGUCUCCUCUCACGGAUCCUGCUGGAGGUCGUGACUUCACCUCGACUCCUCUACACAAGACUACAACGGUGACUGUCACUGCAGGCUCGCAGAUCCCCCCACCACCACCGACCGAACUACCCUUGCGUAGAACCAUGAAACUGGUCUUAGCACCCUGGACUGCCGGCUCCGUAACAGAACAUGGCUCAAUCCAAGACGAAGCAGCAUUUAUUAUCUGGAAAGGGGGAUUAAAGGGAUGUGAAGACUAA